GUAUAUUAAAAGACCGUCGUAAAAGCGAGUAUCCCGUUGGCAAUUGGCAUCACGUCCCUUUUCAAACCAAGUUCCACAGACACCAACAACGCUUUAGCUCUCUCUUCUCUCCGUCACCGUCACCGGCGAUCUACAUCUGAACCCGAUCCAGCCAAUAGAUCUCAGAAAUCCAAAUGGAGAACCUAAUCUCUUUGGUCAACAAAAUCCAGAGAGCUUGCACCGCCUUAGGCGACCACGGAGAAAACAGUGCACUCCCCACACUAUGGGACUCUCUUCCCGCCAUCGCCGUCGUCGGAGGCCAGAGCUCAGGAAAGUCCUCCGUCUUGGAGAGCGUUGUCGGCAAAGAUUUCUUACCUCGUGGAUCAGGCAUUGUUACGCGACGACCUCUCGUGUUGCAGCUUCACAAGAUUGACGAGGGAAGCAGGGAGUACGCAGAGUUCCUCCACCUCCCGAGGAAGAGGUUCACCGAUUUUGUUGCUGUGAGGAAGGAGAUUCAGGACGAAACUGAUAGAGAGACAGGACGAACCAAACAAAUUUCGAGUGUUCCCAUUCAUCUUAGUAUAUACUCUCCUAAUGUUGUUAACUUGACGCUCAUUGAUCUUCCCGGCCUUACGAAAGUAGCUGUAGAGGGUCAACCGGAUAGUAUUGUGAAAGACAUUGAGGAUAUGGUUCGCUCCUACAUUGAGAAGCCGAACUGUAUAAUUUUGGCUAUUUCACCAGCCAAUCAAGAUCUUGCGACAUCCGAUGCAAUUAAAAUUUCCCGUGAAGUGGACCCUACUGGGGAUAGGACCAUUGGAGUUUUGACAAAGAUUGAUCUUAUGGACAAGGGUACUGAUGCUGUUGAUAUAUUGGAAGGAAGAGCAUAUAGGUUAAAGUUUCCCUGGAUUGGUGUUGUGAAUAGAUCACAACAAGACAUAAACAAGAAUGUUGACAUGAUUGCUGCUAGGCGUAGAGAACGUGAGUACUUUAAUAGUACCCCUGAAUAUAAACACCUUGCAAACAGAAUGGGUUCUGAACAUCUGGCGAAGAUGCUCUCAAAGCAUUUGGAGACAGUAAUCAAGUCCAAAAUUCCUGGCAUUCAAUCCCUAAUUAACAAAACAAUUGCCGAACUUGAAGCUGAACUAACUCGUUUAGGAAAACCUGUUGCAGCUGAUGCUGGGGGAAAGUUGUAUGCUAUCAUGGAAAUAUGCCGCUCAUUUGAUCAAAUAUUUAAAGACCAUCUUGAUGGCGUGCGGCCUGGAGGUGAUAAAAUUUAUAAUGUCUUUGACAAUCAGCUCCCUGCUGCUUUAAAAAGGUUGCAGUUUGAUAAGCAGCUUUCAAUGGAAAAUAUAAGGAAACUUAUUACAGAAGCUGAUGGGUAUCAGCCUCAUCUAAUAGCUCCAGAACAAGGAUACCGCCGUCUAAUUGAAUCUUCUCUAAUAACUAUUAGGGGCCCUGCUGAGGCAGCUGUUGAUGCGGUUCACUCCCUGUUAAAGGACUUGGUUCACAAAGCUAUGAGUGAGACUUUGGACUUGAAGCAGUAUCCUGGUCUCCGGGUUGAGGUUGGGGCUGCAGCUGUUGAUUCACUCGAAAGAAUGAGGGAUGAAAGCAAAAGAGCAACACUGCAGCUAGUUGAUAUGGAGUGUGGCUAUCUGACUGUUGAUUUCUUUCGGAAGCUUCCUCAAGAUGUUGAUAAGGGUGGCAAUCCCACACAUUCAAUUUUUGAUAGAUAUAAUGAUUCAUAUCUAAGGCGAAUUGGAACCACAAUUUUGUCAUAUGUCAAUAUGGUCUGUGCUACUCUGCGGCAUUCAAUUCCCAAGUCCAUCGUCUAUUGUCAAGUGCGGGAGGCAAAACGAAGUCUACUUGAUCACUUUUUUACCGAGCUAGGCAAAAUGGAGAUCAAGCGUCUGUCCUCGUUACUGAAUGAGGAUCCUGCAAUUAUGGAACGACGUAGUGCGCUCGCAAAGAGACUAGAGUUAUACCGGAGUGCACAAGCUGAAAUAGAUGCAGUUGCUUGGUCUAAGUAGAGAUAUGUAUGUCAAAUCACGUUUAUACGAGAGCCAGCAGUGUCAUUAUCAUUGUUCACUAUUUUCUUAUUCAUACUCAUUUUUCAUUCUCAUCUUAUUCUGUUGCAUUGUCCUCUUGAAUAGAUGAGACGAUUCUGAAAAAGGAAAAAAAAUGAUUUUUUGGGUUAUAUAUAAUUGAGUGUCCCUAUAUCUUUCAUUUUUCAGUCCUUCCAAAUCUCCACUGCCCAUUUUUGUUUGUUUGAGAUUCAGAUGUGUUCACAAAUCACAGUAUGAAUAAUCUGUCCAUUCCUCUUUGAAACAAAUGGUGCUUCGGAUU